GAUCAGAUAUCAGUCAGUAUAAAGAUUAAAGACUAGGACAACAGUUUUAACUGUUCUAUAAGUUUAAAAAUAAAUGUAUGUAUUGUGCUUAAGUUAUUGAGGGUUCUCAUAUAGGAAUCAUGUUUUCAACUAGCUCGCAAAGAAAGUUUUGGACAUUUAGUGACGAAAAUGAAUUGGCAUGUCAUCGAGAAAAGCACAACUUAGAGUUUAUUUCAAGACACGGUCAGAACUUUGAUGAACAACAACGUUACAAUUAUUUUUUAUCUCCAGAAGAGGAAAGACUGUUAUUAAAGCAGUAUGAGCUGCAUUUAAAAGAAUUCUGUAAAAGAUUCCAGCCUCCUAUGCCUAAAGGAGUUAUUGGUACAGCAUUUCAUUACUUCAAACGUUUCUAUCUGUACAAUUCUUCUAUGGACUAUCAUCCCAAAGAAAUUCUCGCUACAUGUGUGUAUUUAGCAUGCAAAGUAGAAGAAUUUAACGUAUCCAUUGGACAAUUUGUUGCUAAUAUUAAAGGUGACAGAGAAAAAGCUUCUGAUAUUAUUUUAAACAAUGAAUUACUUCUUAUGCAGCAGUUAAAUUAUCACUUGACUAUUCACAACCCUUUCCGUCCUGUUGAGGGUUUCCUUAUUGACAUUAAGACAAGAUGCUCUCUGGCAAACCCGGAGCGGUUACGUUCAGGAAUUGAUGAGUUUCUGGAAAAAGUUUUUCUCACUGAUGCUUGUCUUUUGUAUGCUCCUUCACAAAUUGCAUUAGCAGCUGUAUUACAUGCAGCCAGUAAAGAACAAGAGAACCUGGAUAGUUAUGUGACUGACAUGUUGUUUAGAGAUGCAGGUCCUGAUAAGUUAGCAGUUUUAAUAGAAGCUGUUAGAAAAAUAAGAUCAAUGGUUAAAAUGGUUGAGAGUCCUGCUCGUGAACGAGUUAGGGCCAUAGAAAAGAAAUUGGAUAGAUGUCGAAAUCAGGAGAACAAUCCUGAUAGUGAGAUAUAUAAACGGAGAAUCCGAGAAGCUUUAGAUGAGGAUGAUGUGCAGUACACUGGUACUAGUAGAAUGUCAUUAGAUACAAGUGGAGUAACACAAGUAUUGUCUCCAUCAGCAUCUUAAAUUUAUAGAAAUUUUUAAUGUGACCACUAAAUGCUUGGAAAACUAGUGCUAAUUUAUUAUUUACACUUUGACCUGGUUGUUGAUGGUGUAAAUGACCAUAAAUGAAACUUAAUUUUUUUAUGUAUAAAACUUCAUGUAGAUUUAAAAAAUUCCAAUCACAAUUAUGAUAUUGUUUAUAAAUUCAUAAAUUCCGAGGGUACAAAGCACAUUCAAACAAUUACAUGGUUGAAGAUACAAUUUUAUUAUUAUCAUUUAAAAAUGUAUUCUAAAUUAGAAAUCGACUAACCUAAACCUAUUGUAUAUAUGACUACUUUAUCUAAAUUUGGUUAUUUUUUAAAGCCUGACCAAUAAAAUUUGAGACUUGAA